UUCACCAAGGAAGAACGAUGUGUCAGUCUUGCCUUAGCCUUAACUUAAAGGAAACCUUUUAAAAUUUAGAUAUUAUAGGGAAGAACUUUGUAAUUUGGAUAUCCUCAGGGAUUUACUCUACAGAAUUAAUUAUUGGCACCAUAAACUGUUUUGAAACCUCACACCAAAUUCUCUCUUAAUCUGCUACCUGUGCGUACAGCCUAGAUACCCAGUAAGUGCCUGAGACUCAGGAAUGAGUCAUUCUCUGCUCAAGCAUGUGGCAGUCAUCACACCAGAAAAGAAUGUUCAGGCGUUGCCAGACGGAGCAAUCAGCACAAUUUGUAGCUCCAAGGAAGAAGUCUAGUGACCGGCCGCCAUGGCUUCUGACACAGGUGAAAUGGAUCGAGGUCCUGGUCUUCCAGCUGGUGAUCCCACUUUGAGGAGAAGAAUCGAGCCUUGGGAAUUUGAAACGUUCUUUGACCCCAGAGAGCUCCGGAAAGAGACCUGUUUGCUCUAUGAAGUCAAGUGGGGUGCGAGUCACAAGAUCUGGCGAAACUCAGGCAAAAACACCACCAAGCAUGCUGAAGUCAAUUUUAUAGAAAAAUUUGCUUCAGAAAGACAUUUGUGCUCAUCCAUCAGCUGCUCAAUUACCUGGUUCAUGUCCUGGAGUCCCUGUUGGGAAUGCUGCAAAGCUAUUAGAGAAGUUUUGCAUCAACGACCUAGUGUGACUUUAGUUAUUUAUGUAGCACGGCUUUAUCACCACAUGGAUCAACAAAACCGACAAGGACUCAGGGACCUCGUUGGCAGUGGUGUGAUUAUCCAGAUCAUGAGAGCCCCAGAGCAUGACCACUGCUGGAGGAAUUUUGUCAACUACCCACCUGGGAAAGAUGUUCACUGGCCAAGAUACCCACCUCUGUGGAUGGAGCUGUAUGCACUGGAACUCCACUGCAUAAUUUUAAGAAAGAAAAAGGGAGGAAGAGAGAGAAAGAGGAAGGGAAGAAGAGAGAGAAAAACUUCAAUCACUUCCUUUCUCAUACCUGCCCCUAUCAGGGAUUGAAUCUGCAACCUGAGUACGUGCCCUGACCAGGAAUUGAACCAGCAACCCUUUGGUCUAUGGGAGGAUGCUCCAACUCACUGAGCCACACUGGCCAGAGCCUAAUAAUUUUGACAUGUACUCUCUUCACCAUUUGUCAUGUAUAUUGAGCCUUAGUUAUUUAACUACUUGACCUAUCUUAAGAAAAUGUAAGACAAUCUCUU